UCAUUAGUAAACACGAACAAUCACCGGCCAGUUGUGUCACCUGUCGUGCGCUCCAGUUAUAAAGAGAACAGUGCAUCCGAUUCGUUGCAGUGGUCCGAGAUGAUCGUCUACCUGUUACUCAGCGUGUCCUGCGUGCUUCUGCCCUGCUCCUGGGGCAAAGUUUUCGACAAAUGCGAGCUGGCACGAGAGCUCGUGCAGGUUCAUGGGAUCCCCAAGGAGCAGGUUGGAAACUGGGUGUGCAUCGCCGAGUAUGAAAGCCGAUUCAACAGCAGCGCCGUCGGAAGGAUGAACUGGGAUGGCAGCGCCGACCACGGCCUUUUUCAGAUUAAUGACAGAUACUGGUGCAGCCCACCUGGACCCAAGAAUGAAUGCCAGAUCGAUUGUUCGGAUCUGGAAGAUGACGACCUCACGGAUGACAUCGAGUGCGUUCGGCUGAUCUAUGAGAGGCACGGAUUCCGGGCAUGGGCCGUCUGGGGGUCUGUCUGCCGGAACAUCAACUACAGCACCUAUUUAUCGGACUGCGGCUACGUUCAACCGAGAUCUUCGUACUUCUACACUUACUUCAAUCCGCUAAAGAAAUGAAGAGCGCUUCGUAGCAUUCGCAUCUCUUCUACUGUUCGAUAUCACCAUUUCUCGUGCGCACUUUGUAAUUAUACGCAUUUGUUUUCAGUUAUAAAGUUCAUGCCAUGGCUACCGGACACGGCUGGGCUUGAGACAUUCUCUGCCACGCGUUUGCGAUCUGUUCGGUGUAUUGUGCACCAAUAAACACGUUCAAGUUCACGA